AUGAGUUCCCGCUAUCCGGGAUUCGGAAAUAAAAAUGAUGAUAACGAAAGUAAAGAAGAUUUUGUUACAAUUGGUACUCAUUUCGAUCCAGCUGAACCAACCAAUAGUACUUCAAUUUUAGCUACAUUAGGCAGGAAAGCAUCUAAACUUGCUGAUUUAUCGGCAUCAAAUUAUGGUUAUGAUGGAAAACGUUUUCAUGGUGCAUUUACUGGUGGUUUUAAUGCUGGUUAUUACAAUACAGUUGGAUCAGUUGAAGGAUGGCGACCAAGUGAAUUUAAAUCAUCUCGGACAACACGAGCAGAGAAACGUAGUUUUGAACCAGAAGAUUUUAUGGAUAAAGGAGAUUUUGGUGAACAUGGUAUUAAUCCAAAACAGAUUAAAAUUCGAAGUACAUUUGAUCAAAAUGAAGCUUUAACACGUAGUACAACUAAACAACCAUCUGGAACAUCAAAUCAACGAACUAAUGAAGAUUUAAUACGAGAUAUAAUUCAAAUAAAAACAUUAUCUAUCGGUAAAAAAAUUCUAAUGAGUAUGGGUUGGAAACCAGGAGAAGGUGUUGGUGCUAAAAUGUCUCGUAAACAUCGACACAAAUUGAAAUUAUCUCUAACACAACAAACACCAAAAGAUCGCUCUCCAUCACCUCCACAUUCAGAACAACAAGAAUCAAGUACUACUAAAGUUUAUGGUGUAGCAAUGCCACCACCAUCUUUUCAACACAUGCUUACAAAAACAUCACGUUUAGAUGACGAUGAAGAUGAUGAAUAUUUUGAUAAUCAACUUUAUGCUAAUGUUAGUUUACCACCAUUAGAUUAUGAAGUACAUUUUCAAUUACAAAAACAUGAACAUCAUGGUAUUGGUUAUAAAGGACUUGAAUCUCUGAAUUUAUUUGGUCAUACUAAUUUAUUUGUUCAACCAUCUGUCGAAAAACAAAUUAAUAAUGUUAAAAUUCGUGGUCAGGCAUUUGGUGUUGGUAUUGAAGAAGAUGAAGAUGAUAAAGAUUUAUUUGCUCAAGAUGAUCUCAAACAAUAUGAUUAUGAAUUAACAACAGGAAAUGAUACAACAACAGAUAUUAUGCGACAAAAAACACAAGAAAAUAAUUUUAUAUUGAAAUUUGUUCGUUAUGAAUCUAUAUCAAUGCCUGUUGUUUAUACGCCACCUGUGAUACCACCAGAUUUUCGAAUUGGACAUCGUUUUCCAAAAUCAGCAAUGCCACCACCACCAAAUCCCUCGAUGGAAACAACAACACAUGAACCAUCAAAACAACCAUCAGUUCAACUUGAUGCUAAUACUCGUGGUCUUCUUCUUGGUGAUCUUUCAUUUCUUUCUCAACCACCACCAAAUAUAGUUGUUCCACCAACUGCUCCUCUUCUACCUCCUGUUCCUGCUCCUCCUCCACCACCAUUGAAAGAAGAAGUAACAGCAACGCCAACUACAUCGCUUGAAUGGGAUGUUGAAAAAGAACGCUCAUCACACAUAACACCUGUACCAACUAACAGUGCUCGAGCACAAUUUCUAGAGGCAGUUAAAAAUCGAUUUACGCCAUCAUCCGAUCAGGAACAAAUGACUGAACGUCAAUCGAUGGAAACUGCUUUUGAAAAUGAUCUGAAGAAAGCUGCUUCAUUGAAACUUUACGGUGAUAUAACUCGAUCUACAUCUGAAUGGAAACCAAAUCCAUUAUUAUGCAAACGUAUGAAUAUUCCAAAUCCAUAUUCAGAUGAUGCUUAUGAUGAUUCAAAAGAAUCAAAAAAAUCUCGACGACAAUUAUGCUCGAAUCUUUUUGAACAUCUUUUUACAUCGUCAACUACAGAACCAUCAACACCUAUAGAACAAUCUCAUUCAGGUUUAUCAUCAUCUUCAUCAUUGACGUCUAAUCCAAAUGAAAUAGUUAUACCAUCAUUACAACCACCAAGAGCAACAUCAACUAUACCAGUUAUACCACAAGCAAAACCUUCAGCACCUAAAUUAGAAUUUGCUCCUAUUGAAUCAUUUGAUCAAGAAAAUCAAGAACGUCCUCCAUUGGACUUUUUCUCAGCAAUUUUUGAUAACCAAGAUUCUGACGAAGACAAUGUUGAGGAACAAGAAACUGAAGAAAAAAGGAAUGAUGAUGUACCUAAAUCGAUUAAUACACAAAGCUCUAUUACAAUGCGACCAAUAUCGUUAGUCACACAACAAAGUAGUAAUAAUAAUGAAUCGGAUAGUUCCGAUUCCAGUAUAGAAGAAAUUGAAGCUUUAUAUAAAUCACCUCAAGUCUAUGGACCAACAAUUCCAAGUAAUCUACCAAGUCGUGUUAAGACAGAAAAUGAUAAUUCAAUAUGGACAAAAUUAGCUAAUACUGAUGCACAAUUUGAAGAAUUAAAGGAAAAGAAAAAGCAUAAGAAAAAGAAGAAACAUCAUAAAAAGAAUAAAAAACAUCAUCAUUAG